UUUUACUUGGAAAUAAUGACUUUCUAAUCUGUUUUUUGUAGGAUGAUUUAUCAUAUCCAAUCUUGAGGAAUAUAUAAAAUUUGGGUGCUUUGCUGUUUUUGUUUUCUUAGUUUGAUUCUCGGGGAGCUAAUUUUUCUUUUCUUUUCCUUUUUUGCUGUUUUUGAGCUUAGAGAGAUUAAAGUUUUGAUCUUUGACAAAUUUGGUAGUUGAAAGUGAGAAUCUUUAGUUUGUAAAUAUGGAUUUUAGGGAUAUCGGUGUAGGAAAAGUUUAGGCUUGUUUGUUGUGUUUAGAGGCUGAUUAUUGGUUUUGUGAGUUUAGAUGAUCAAUUAGGUUUUUUUAAAGAAUGUUAUCUGAAUUGGAUAGUAGACCAAUGAUAGGAAGUAGCGAAGAAUCAUUUGGGGAUGAUUUGGAGAAAGAGAUAGGAUUAUUACCCCGUGAACAGCAUAGUAGGCAAGAGGCUGAUGAACUUGAACGCGAACUAAACUUGUAUAGAAGUGGCUCCGCACCUCCUACCGUGGAGGGCUCACUGAGUGCAGUCGGCGGUUUGUUUGCGGGAGGAGCUGCAGCUGGUUCCGGCGCCACCACCUCCUUUUCAGCUUUUGCUGGAGCUAAAAAUGGAAAUGGGUUUGCAUCUGAGGAAGAACUCAGGUCUGAUCCAGCUUAUCAUUCAUACUAUUACUCAAACGUGAAUCUUAACCCAAGGCUCCCACCUCCAUUGCUUUCCAAGGAGGAUUGGAAGUUUGCGCAGAGGUUGAAGGGAGAGAAUUUAGCUAUAGGUGGGAUUGGAGAUAGGAGGAAAGUGAAUAGGGUUGAUAACGGUAGCAGUAGGUCGUUGUUUGCGAUGCCACCGGGAUUUGAUUCCAGGAAACAAGAGAAUGAAGCAGAGGCGGAUAAAGUGUUUAGCUCGGCCUCAGCAGACUGGGGUGGGGAUGGACUCAUUGGUUUGUCUGCUAUAGGACUCGGAAGCAAACAGAAAAGCUUUGCCGGAAAUUUUCAGGAUGAUCUAGGACACACUGCUCCAGUCACCAGGAUACCAUCUCGUUCUGCCAGUCGUAAUGCUUUUGAUGAGAACUUUGAGAAUGUAGGUUCUGCUGAAUCUGAGCUGGCUCAUUUGCGUCGUCAACUGACUUCUGCAGAUCCUUUAAGGUCAAGUGGAAGUGGUCAGGGAUCGUCUGCUGUCAAUAACAUUGGGCUGCCUUCUUCAUAUACUUAUGCUGCUGUUGUAGGCACUUCAAUGUCUAGGAGUACUACUCCUGAUCCCCAACACAUAGCUAGGGCCCCUAGUCCUUGUCCGACACCAAUUGGAGGAGGCAGAGCUGGCAACUCUGAGAAAAGAAACGUAAAUAGUCCAAGUGCAUUUGGUGGUGUCAUAUCUAGUGUCAAAGGGUCUGAGGAUCUCGUGGCUGCUUUAUCAGUCAUGAACUUGUCAUCAAAUGGUGUUAUUGAUGAAGAUAACCAGUUAGCAUCACAUAUCAAAGAAGAUGUUGAAAAUUGCAAGAAUUAUCUACUUGGUUUGCAAGAUGGUCAGAAUCAUAUCAAACAGCAGGCUUACUUGAAGAAAUCAGAAUCUGGCCAUUUACAUAUGCCUUCAGCUAAGAGUAAUGGGAGCAGAUCUGUGCUCCAGAAAUCUGCUGUUCCAUCAAACAACUAUUAUUCGAAAGGAUCACCCUCUUCAGCUCUCAAUGGCAGUGGCAGCUUACCUGCUCAGUUUCAGCAUGGCGAUGGUGCAAAUGUGUCAUUUCCAAAUUAUGGGUUAAGUGGUUACGCUUUAGAUCCUUCUUUGGCCAAUAUGAUGCCUAACCAACUUGGAACCAGUAAUCUGCCACCAUUGCAUGAAAAUGUUGCCGCCGCAUCAGCUAGGGAAGUCUCUGGAAUGGGCUCCAGAGUGCUUGGAGGAGCUUUCGGUUUUGGACAAAACAUUUCAAAUUCUGCUUCUGAGUCCCAUAAUCUUGGUAGAGUCGGAAGCCCAAUCGCCGGGAAUGCUCUGAAUGCACCUUCUAUCGAUCCUUUGUAUCUUCAGUAUCUAAGGACAUCUGAUUUUGCUGCCUCACAGCAGGCAGCUCUAAAUGAUCCCUCCAUGGAUAGGAAUUUCCUUGGUAAUUCAUACAUGAACUUGCUUGAGCUUCAAAAAGCUUAUCUUGGAGCUCUACUAUCACCCCAGAAAUCCCAGUAUGGUCUUCCUUUGGGUGCAAAAUCUGGUAGUUCUAAUCUCCAUGGUUUUUAUGGAAAUACGACCUUUGGAGCUGGCAUGUCUUAUACUGGAAGCCCCUUAGCAAGUGCUGUUAUUCCAAAUUACCCUGUUGGACCUGAUAGUCCUAUCAGACACACUGAUCUGAAUAUGCGUUUUUCUUCUGGGAUGAGGAACCUAGCUGGGGGUGUCAUGGGACCCUGGCAUUUGGAUCCUGAUGAAAGCUUUGCUUCCUCCCUACUUGAAGAGUUUAAGAGCAAUAAAACAAAGUGUUUUGAACUUUCAGAGAUUGCUGGUCAUGUUGUUGAGUUCAGCGUGGAUCAGUAUGGCAGCCGCUUUAUUCAGCAAAAACUUGAAACAGCCACAACUGAAGAGAAAACUAUGGUUUAUGAGGAAAUCAUGCCUCAAGCUGUUGCUUUGAUGACUGACGUCUUUGGUAAUUACGUUAUUCAAAAGUUUUUUGAGCAUGGACUUCCAAGUCAGAGAAGAGAACUUGCCAGCAAGCUUUUUGGUCAUGUUUUAACACUUGGUCUUCAAAUGUAUGGGUGUCGGGUGAUCCAGAAGGCCAUAGAAGUUGUUGAUCUGGAUCAGAAGAUUAAAAUGGUUCAAGAGCUUGAUUGUGGUGUGAUGCGUUGUGUACGUGAUCAGAAUGGCAACCAUGUCAUCCAGAAAUGUAUUGAAUGUGUUCCUGAGGAGAACAUUCAAUUUAUAGUUACAACAUUUUUUGAUCAAGUUGUGACCCUUUCUGCUCAUCCAUAUGGGUGCCGAGUGAUACAGAGAAUACUAGAGCACUGCAAGGACCCAAAAACACAGAGUAAGGUUAUGGAUGAAAUUUUAGGAUCUGUUAGCAUGUUGGCCCAGGACCAAUAUGGCAAUUAUGUUGUCCAGCAUGUACUGGAGCAUGGAAAGCCUCAUGAGCGCUCAAUUAUAAUUAAGGAGUUAGCUGGAAAGAUUGUCCAGAUGAGUCGGCAGAAGUUUGCCUCUAACGUUGUUGAGAAGUGCUUAACUUUCGGUGGUCCUUCUGAACGUCAGCUAUUGGUAAACGAAAUGCUUGGCUCUACGGAUGAGAAUGAGCCUCUUCAGGCAAUGAUGAAAGAUCAAUUUGCGAACUACGUUGUACAAAAAGUACUGGAGACUUGUGAUGAUCAGCAACGGGAGCUGAUCCUCUCUCGAAUUAAGGUCCAUCUAAAUGCAUUGAAGAAGUACACUUAUGGAAAACAUAUUGUGGCGCGUGUAGAGAAACUUGUUGCUGCUGGGGAAAGGAGAAUUGCUGCUCAGUCCCCACCCCCUGCUGCAGCUUAGUUGGUGUAGGAAAUAAUGUGUUUGUACAGCUAACAGAAGCUAUUAUGAGAGCUUUCCCCUAUCGUUUUAGAUUGGUAAGGUCUGUAUGGAAAUAAAAGUUGUUGCUUGUACUGGGAAACUGUACAUUUUGUAGCUUAAGAUGUAUACAUAGGAUGGAGCAAACCCGAGGCUUCAGUCGUUGAAUACAACUGGUGCCCCCCAUGCAGAGGAGUUAUUACGGGUAAAAAUUUUAAAUGCCGAGUUUAGGACUGUACAAAAUGUUGGCUUGUGGAGAGCCGUUGAUGUUUAGGCGAGGCCACUGUUUCACCCCCUCGAUGUACGCUUAAUGACAUUUCUAUUUUUUCCCUCUUAAUUGCAGUUUGUUUCUUGCUGCCA